GGCUAUACGCCGCCCGCGGCAACCGCGUCCUUUUAUUUACGGGUUUGCCGGAUUGCACUUACCUCACCGCGUCGGUCCUUUUAUUUACUUCCAGAGGCCGGCAGUUUUACUCCACGAGAUCUUCGUCGAGGUUUGAGGAUCAUCUUUUUCGCGAAAACAGUGAAAAUCAUUAAUUUCUGGGUCUAACGUCGCAGCUUUUUUUUCCGGAGGGAUCAAACUUGCCGCAGUUUCGACGAAUCGUUCUGCAGGUCCGAUCCUCUUCCCUCUUCGUGUUUUUCCGCUGCAACUUCCCCGAAGAAUUUCCAGUCGUAACAAAUAUUGCCGCGACCUCCUAAAUUCCAUUUGCACGCUGCGUGCUCGACGGAAUGUCCCGGAAGAAAGCCAAGGUGGAAACCGUCGAGGGGGAGACGUCCGGCGGCGGCGGCGGCCACCUCAGCGCCCUCCCGGACGAGCUGCUGCACAAAGUCAUGUCGUUCCUGAGGGCGUGGGAGGUAGCCCGCACCUGCGUGCUCUCGCGCCGAUGGCGCCACCUCUGGGCCUCUGCGCCCUGCGUCGACCUCCGCGUCUGUUGCAAAGCCCGCCACCGUCCGUUCCCCACGCAGCUGGCCAAGUUUGCCUACCGCUUCUUGCUCGAGCGGGAGGUGUCGGCGCCGUUGGGCACACUCCGGCUGCUGUCCAGCCCCACGUGUGAUGAUGACAACGGUUGCUCGCCGUAUGGCCCGUAUGGCCCCAUGCCCAAGCCUUACGACGACGACGGGGAGGAUUACUGUUCCACCAACGUGGAUAUGUGGAUCCGUGCUGCCAUAAACCGCAGGGCUCAGGUUAUACAGCUUGGUCAUCAUCCAAGGGACGAUGCCUUCUCUGACCUCAAGUCCGUGCCCCUCAUCUCCUGCCACCUGAAACAGUUGAGCCUAUCGGGUACAGCGUUGGACGGCAAGAAAUUAAAGCAGAUCUCUUCCCAGUGCCCUUCUUUGGAAGUCCUGGAGCUCAAGGAGUGCUUCCUAGAUGGCCCCCAGAUGGCCAGAUAUCAUCUACCUCUCUUAUGAAUUUGACCAUGGUAGAGUGCAGGAUCAUGGCGGAUCUCUCCAUCGCUGCUCCAAACCUCGUGUCACUCCGCUGCGUCAUACCAUACCACCGUGCUCCCUCGUUCGAAAACCUCGGGUCGUUGACCACGGGCACUAUCAUUCUUGACGACUCAUUCUUGCAUGAUAAGUUUGAAUACGAGUACAAAAAUCCUGAUGAGGAUGUAUUUGAGUGUGACAGUGAUGAUUCCAGUGACUCAAAUGAUGAUGACUAUGAUAGUGAUGCUGAUAGCUAUCAGAGUACCUGGGACAGAUUCAGUGGUGCUAACAGAGUUUUAGGUGGCCAAAAUGUUCUCUGCGGCCUUUCAAAUGCUACAAGUUUGGAGCUGAUAGCUGAUGCCGGAGAGUCGAUUCUGAAUAGGGAACUGGAAAUGUGCCCAGUUUUUACCAACCUGAAGGCGUUAUCCCUUGGUGAAUGGUGUAUGGCUGCUGACUUAGAUCCAUUCGUUUCAUUCCUACAACAUGCUCCAAAUCUGGAGAAGCUUUUUCUUCGACUUAAGAUGGAUCAUGAGGAAAUAGAAGACAACAUCAUACCAGAGGGUAUAUCAUUUGCAUGCAAAAACCUUACAAUGGUCAAGAUACUAUGUCCUAAGGAUGACGAAAGAGUUGGAAUUAUAAUCGUUCUCGUGUACCUUGAAAGUUGGAGCGGCGGAAGGCUACCUUGAAAGUUGGAACGGCGGAAGGCUAUUAUGUCAAAAUGUUGCCUAUGUAGAUGAUUCUCAGUUUUUCAGAUGAUGUCUGCAGAACUGACCUGGGCUUCUGUCUUCUGAUGCUUCUUUUGAGUAGCUCUGUGAUUAUGAGUGGCUAUCGGACUCGAGAGUCUCUUUGUAUAUCAAGUUUGGUUUCGUCCUAAGUAAUAUGAAAUGAUGUUACACUUUGGUAUAACAAGAUAUCCAUUUAUAACUAGUUACUACUUAUCAAGUACUAUGAAAUGAUGUUACACUUUGGUGUAACAGAAUAUCCAUUUACAAGUAGUUACGGAGUACUUUCAUUCCAAGCAUCAGAUAUGGAAAAAUUGAAGGUUGGAUGGGAACUACGUGUUUUCUUAUUCCGUUAAUUUCCAGGUCCUGCAGGAAGAGAUUGGAGCGCUAUUGUCAGCAAUCCUUCUACCGAAGCUGUACUAGGGGGCUCGAAAAUGGGCUGUGAUCCUGCGCUUGGGCCUGCUCAUAUCACAAGAGGCAACCACUGUGGGUAUAAAUACAAGGGACACAACUACCAAGAGGAGGGUUGGCUUGGAUCGGACUGGACGGCGGCUUCGGCCGAGACCUGGCUAGGGCGUGUGUUUCUUCUUCUUCUUCCUCGUGUUCCUCUUCCUUCUCAGUGAAACUUCUGUAAUUCCUAUAUUCCAGUGAGUCUUGAAUUGUAAUCUGAACCUGAUUGAGGCUCACAUCUGAUAUCAGAGCCAUAGAUCCUUCCAUCUCCAAAAUUUUCCCACCUAAUUUUCUCCACCCACCACCUGUUUGACAAAAUGCCAACCCACAAACUCUCCUGCCGUGAAGGUCUUCUACAUGUCAGGAUGAGCAAGUGAUUCAUCCAGUGACCUUCGAGGACCUUUGCCGGUUGUUUCGUCAAUCUGGUGCUGGAGAAACGCUCGGAUUGUUCGAGCGCAUGGUUGACGGGAUGUAUGGCGUGGAGGCCUACGUCCGGUUCAGUUCUCGGUGGGCGGCUGCCCGAGCUCGUGAUGCUUUGGACGGCCAUGCUCUCUAUGAUUGGUGUUGCGUCCUCACCGUCGACCUCGUUCCUCCGAUCUACACCACCAUCACGACGCCAGACGACGACGGGUUGGCCCGAGCGUAUUUCUACGACGACACACCGUACGAUGAGUGGGCUGCCGCUCUGGCAGUGGCCGAGCGCCAGUACAUGGCGCCCGCCUCCAGCAACGUGCUCGCGAUCGACCCCAAGCUCGCCUGCACCUUCGAGUUAGCUUCCUUCCACCCGAGCUCUCCCUCGCUUCCACACGCCCCUGCAGCAGUGCCCCUAGACUCGGCACCGGUUCUUGUAUGUACUGCAUCCACCACGGCACCGACGGCUAGCCCUCAGGCUGCAUCCACGAGGACAACCAUGGGCGAGCUCGCCUUUGCCAGUUCGCCGCCCACCAUGUGUUCGACAGUUUGCCUCACUAUGACUGAAGACCACCCUACAACUACGGCUACUCCAUGCGAGGGCAUCGACAUCGUCGGUGAAUUGAGCGUCGAAGCGGACACCAAUCAGGUCGUGGCAGCACUACUGACUGUUCCAGUACUGGUGAAGGCUUUGCCGACACCCAUGAUGCCACCAUUCUUUGUCCAUGAGUCUGAACCGCCGACGCCCACCAGGUGCUCGACGGAAAGCUUCAACGUCGAUACACAUGUGGUGACGCCAGCUUCUGCAUUGGGCACGUGUUCCUCGACCAUCAUGGCUCGUGCCUAUUCCCACUUCAGUCUUAUGCUGCCCAUUGCUGCAGUUUUGGGGUGUGCUGUUCGUCCUCAGUGAUAGCACCAUGGUCACCAAGACACACAACAUAUGCAAUCUGGUUGUGGACAAGAACUCUAUGCAAAUGAUCUUAUGGCAGUGGCAUCCACCUGAUUGAGCGAAGCUUGGUGGCUUGAUCCCAGGUUUGCUUAGUGGCAAUAUGUCUCAAUUGCAGAACAGUUUGUUUCCCAAGGAGUAUACUUGUUGUCUUCAUUUUGGCAAGUUACUGGAACUCAGGGUGGCACUAUUUAAUCUGAAGCCAUGGUCUCCACCAUUUGGAGUACAUUUUAGUGGAUUGCUUCUUGCAGUUCAGAUGAUGGAUAACUUAGAAGUGGAGUUCGUGGACCUUAAACCUUGGCCCUUCUGGCAGCUAUUUCUAGCUUUGUUGACAUCAAUGUUGUACUUCAUUGAUCCUAUUGUUGGUUUGCAUGGCCAUUGUUUAACUGAUAACACCAUUCUUCUUACACGAGCUGCAGCACAUGAUUAUUGAACUUGCUUCCAAGGGAUUGAGCUUAUGGAACUUUUCAGUGUCUACUGAACACCAAAUAAUGCCAAAAGGGUGCAGUAGUUAUGAUUGGAAUUUUUCUGUGGUCGGCCUGGUGAUUGAUAGCUUCUUGCAAUCCGUGAUUAACUCCUGCCUCAUGGGACAUACUACUCAAGGACUGAACAUGUGGAAUCAUCCAAUGUAUGUUGUCCAACCAAAUUUUCUGAAGAAUAGCACAACUGAAUCUUUCAAUGUUAGUGUUGAGUCCCGAAGUGCUAUACUCAGUUGUCUUGUGGCAGAAUUUUUUGCGGGCUGGUACAAGCUACCUCACAAUUCGUUCCUUACUGGGAGGUUCAGUGUCAUACAUGUUCUUCUCCAUUGUUCAGUUUGUUCUGUUCGGUCUCAAUGGGAAAUUGCAUGGUUUUUAGUUGGAUCA